CGUUAAUUAAUAUCAUUUUAUAAUGGGAAAAUCUUGCAUAUGUUGGUAGAAUAUUUUGAAAUGUUUUGGCUUAAGAUAAUCUAAUAGGCAACGUUUUCUAAACUAAUAUUUCUGUUUGACUGAUUGAUAAUGUAAUAUUGUUGACGGAAAAUAUCUUUCCAUUAUUUAAUUUUACCUUGCCGCUGCCAAAUCAACUUUUAUCGAGGACAAAGAUUCUUGCUGUGAUAAAUUGUUACCGCCAGGCCAUUGCUCUUGAUUUAUUUGACGUUGAGCUUCAUGGCUCAUUUUUGUUCAUGUAGAUGCUUGUAAUAAUGUCAUCCCAAAUUUAGUGUUUCUUUACUUAUUGACUCUAAUUAGAUCAAUAACUUUUUCCAUUUUCCUUCCAAAAUCUAUAAUUAUAUAUAUAUGGAACGCUGCCAUAAAUUUCCUGCUACCAGAUUUCGAAUACCAUUGAAUAUUAUCAUUAUUAUUACAAGAAUAUUGAUUAUAUGAAUAGCUCAUUGCACUCUAAGGUGUUUGUUCUUUCCUAUCAUGUGUGAAUAAAUUACUCAUGUGCUUGUCCCUUGGAGAAUUAACAUGGCCAUAGUUUGUUAAUUACUGUUAUAUGACAUGAGUUGUCAUCGAAGGUUUUUCCAUCCCCUCUCGCCUCUGCUUUCGAAUCUUUCCUAUAGAAGAUGCUAUUAACAAAUUUGCAUAAUUCCAUUCUACAGUAACCUAUUUUUAAUAUGACAGUGACACAGAAUUUUUUGUAAUGGUAUCCAUAGGGAAUCACUCAAACAAAUAUUUACAAUCUUUGAAGAAAUUAAAUCAAUAUCUAGGGUUAAUUUUCUCAAAUGUUUGAAUUUAUUUCAAUCCAUGCAGCUAUAAAGGGUAAUUUCUGGAAACAAGUUUUUUUGACGAAUAUAAGUAAUUUGUACCUUGCGUAAUAAUUUAUAUUUCACAAAAUAGAUAAUUGUGUUGACUUAAAAUGAAUGCAUUGUGCAUUAAUAUAUGCUGUUUUGUUCACUUUUCAAUUUUCUGUCAGUUAAGACAACAAUAUACAUCUAAUUGAGUUAUAGUUUUUCCCAAGUUUCGCAAAGUUCUAGUUUGAUUUUUGGUACAAAUUAGAGAAUUAUUUUAAAUUGUUCAAUCCUUUUUCGAAUAAAUUUUAUUCAUAUUAUCAAUACAUAAUAUGACUCUAUGAGGUUCUAAUCAAAUAUAGAUGGAAAAUAGUUGCAGGAGAAAUUAAGGAGUUUUUGUGAUUCUCGUGCCAUAUUUUUCGAUUAUACUCUUCAUUUCUAUCUUGUAUAAUUCGGAUUGUUUGGUGUGAUGUUUUCAUAUUCAAUUGUUUUUUUUUCAAUAUUGCAUUGAGUUUUAUCAGCCGCACCAAUUUGUUUUGUCACAUUGACACAAUUAGGGAAAUAUUAUGAUUUAAACAUGAGAGUCCCCUGUACUGAAUGAACUCAAAACUUCAAUUAUACAGAAUCUGGUUGGAAUGGUUAUACAUGCCAGCUUGCAACCAAUUUAUCUCAUCCUCACAUUUAUAUAUAAUUUUGAAAUAUUGCUUCUCUUUUUUGCACGCAGGCUUUGUAAAUAUAUCGGGCUUGUAUUAGGAGAAAGAAUCAUUUUUUUUAAUUGGAAUCCGCAAUGUUUAUAACAUUAUGGUAUUUCCACCGAGAAACCUAUUUUCACUUUUGGGUUCACUUUAUUUUUGUGAAGCUAAUAGUUGAGAAAAAUUUUUUUUUUCAAAUUUGGUUGAAUUUCAGGUUUUGCAAUUUUUGAAUGUUAAUCAUUUUUUUGAGUGCACCAUUCUUAAUUGUGAGGUUGUCAUUGUAUAAUACAAACUAUUUUUAUUAAUAUAGUAAAACAGUUGCACAAAGUAUCGACUAAAAAUAUUUCAAUUUGUAAUCAAAAUAGCUUUCUAUAUACACUCCUACCUUUAUACAUGCAUUAUUUUCAUCAUUCUGGACUGGUUGGAAAUUUAUAGUUACUCUUUAUACUAAUAUGUUUAUAAAGAUUGUCAGACUAAAAUAAUUUGAAAAAAUCUCACUAGAUCUUAGUUCAUUGGUAAAAAGUGUUAAAUUUCACACAAAAACAGUAUUUUCAGUCACAGAAAAGUCUGAUUUUAGAAUUUGCAUUGACCUUCUGUACAGUUUUUUUGGCAUUUAUAUUGAAUUGUUGCCUAAGAAGAUGUAUGUCAAGUAUUCCUUUUCAUAUAUGGUGGUAUUUGGUAUUUUAUCUUUUUAUUUUCAUUUUGUGGUGUGAUUUGGAUUUCCGCUUUCAUCUGUGUUAUUUAUUAAAAGUUUAUUUAUCUAAUAUAUAAUGGAUGCUCGAGAAGUAAGGAUGGAUUCAGAGUUCGACCAACAUAUCAUUGAUAUGAAACCUUACGUCCUGAGAUUGCAGCAUAAAACUGAGAGACAAAGAUGUGCAUUGUGGAUUAAAAAACUAUGCGAGCCACCAUUGUCAACAGCUGAUAGAAACAAUCGCAAUCUCCAUGCAAAACUUCUACUUCAUAUGUUGAAAAGAGGACUUCUUGAUGGUCCGUUUGCUGUAAGGCCAGAAGAUGGUCAACUGAAAACUCUUCCUUCAUAUAUGUCAAUAUUUUUCAAUGAACCAUCAUCGACAUCUGACCAUAUGCAUCUAACUGAAGAAAUGUAUCAAGAAAAUUCAAAAUUUGCUGCAACUGAAACCCCUGAUUGGGUACGUUUGGAACUCGAUGGAUCAUUGCCAGUACUGUCAGGUUCAAAAGAAAAUAUAGAUCCUCAAAGUGAUUACAGGACGUCAUCACCUCGCCAACAUUCAUUGAGAUUAUCAAGGUCUGAUGUUCCUUCAUUCAAUGGCAGAGGAAGAGUAUCACCUAUUAAUAGGCCAUGGGAGCAACCAACCAAUGAAGCUUUCAAAGGUCCAUCAACAUUCAGAGACGAACAAAGUCUAAUAAGAAUGCAUGAAAAAGAGUUGGAAAUGAAAAGCAAAGUAUUACAAGCGCAGUUUCAUGAAGACAAAUUAAAAUUACAACAUAAACAUGAUAUUGCAGUACAAAAGAUACUAGAUCGAAAAAACAGUGAAAUAGAAGAAUUGAAGCAACACUAUAGAAAUAAAGAUAAAGAUCAUGAAGAAUCUACAAUCAAAGCUGAUAGGCGAGCACAAUCAUUAGUGAAAGAAUUACAAAUGCUCCGAGAAACAAAAGACAAACAAAUUGAUGAAUUAAAAUUAAUGUUGGAUGAAACAACGGAAGCAGCUAAGGCAGAAUAUGAAGCUAAAGUGCAAGAAGCACUGGGUGGUUUUGAAAGAGACAAAUAUGAACUUCAGAAAACACACACAAAAAAUAUCCAACAAUUACUUGAUGACACAAACCAACGACUCAUGAAAAUGGAAGAUGAAUACAAUGCUCAGACUACUGCUACGAAAAUGGUUACAAGUGAGUUGGAAUGUAGAGUAUCUCAAUUAACACAAGAAACUGAAUCAUUAUCAAUGGCAAAACAAUCGUUGAUGAAUGAUAAAGAACAUGCUGAAAGGUUACUUGAAAAUGCUGAAAAGAAAAUUAGGCAGCUCGAAGAAAAAUACAGCAAUUUAGAAAAAGAAUUCAAACUUGAAAAUGAAAAUCAUGAUCUGCAAAUGAAAUCUCUAAUGAAUAAAUUUGAUGCAAAUUCUGAGUUUUUGAAACAGGAAAGUAAUUUGUCGCUGAAUAAGGCACAAGAGACAGCUCGAGAGUUGGAAGAUCAGAUACAAAGUUUAAAGCAUGGAUUACAAGACAGCGAACAACAAAGAAUGAGAGAGCUUCGUGAUCGAGAAUCUCUCCAUCAACAAGACAUGAUGAGUGUUCAACAUCUUCAUGAAAAGCAACUUCAUCAAUUACGCACCGAGUGGGAUCAAGAAAAGUCGCAUCAUGCCAGAGAAAUAAGAAACAUGGAAGACAUUGUCAGGGAGCGAGAUGAGCAGAUUGCACGUUUAACAGUCCAACAAAAGCAGAAUUCACAUCACGCUGAACAAGCUAUUGAACAAUAUAAGAAACAGAUGUCCGAUGCACAAAAGAAAGUUUAUAGUGACAUGCAGGCUCAACUUGAUAAAAUUAGUGACGAACUUGAUAAUAAUAAAAAAUAUCAAGAAAGAAUGAAAGACGAUCAUAAAAUUCAAAUGGAAGAAUUGAAAGCAAAAUAUCAGGAUGAGCUGACUGAUAUGAAAAUGAAAUGUGAACAAGAUAAAGUUAAGGUGACACAACAUGCUAUUUCUGAUCGUGAUCAGUUGAGCAAAACUUAUGAUAAACAACUUGAAGAUGCAGAACGUAGAUUGAGAGAUGCAUUGGAGGAGCAUGAGAGGGUUGCAGAAGAAAGAAAACUGCAACAUCAUGAGGUCAUAACUGGUAUGGAGGCUCAAAUUCGAGAACUUCGCGAAGAGCUUGUUUCCGCAACUGCAUUGAGAAGACAACAAUUAGUUGAGCUAGGUUUAUUGAGAGAAGAGGAACGACAGAAAGCAGCCAGAGAACAUGACGCCAUUGUUAAUAGACUGGAAUCUGAAAUGGAUAGGCAAAGAAUGGAAAUGCAUAGACAGAAUGCAUCUGAACUUGACAGACAAGCUCAAAAAACGAAAAACAGGCUUGAGGGAUUAGAAAAAGAUUACAAACAACGUUUAGAAAGGGCGUAUGAUCGGAUCAGUGAAUUGCAACAGAAGGAAAACAGUUUACGAGAUGAAUUGUCUCGUGUACAAGUGGAAAGUGAACAACAUAUUGCAGAUGAUGCUGCUAAACGAGAAGAAGAAGCAAAAAGGUUACGACUUCAACUCGAAAGUGCUAAUAUUGCACUACUGGCGGAACUGGAAGCAGAACGAGAAAAAUUUCAUUCUAUACAACGGCAGUCACAAAAUUCUGAAUUUGACCUAAAAGAUAAGCUUACCCGAGUAAAGAUGGAUUAUGAAGAACGCAUGAAAGGAUUAUUACCUGCUUCAUUGAGAAAAGAUAUGGAAGAUACAAUCACUUGCUUGAGAUCACAAGUUUCAUCGCUUCAGCAGAGAGUGUCAAUACUACAAGACGAAGUCGAUGAAGGAAACCGAUUGAUUCCAUUCUCCUUGAAAACACCUUCCACUAUCUCUCCCCGUCAUUUGUCAUGACCAAGAAAAGAAUAUUGAAGAUCAACCAUAUGUCAACUUAUAUAAACAUUUUUUGUAAAGUUAUAUAUAUAAGUUAAUUGCACAUAGUUCAAUUACACAACCAAAUUGUAUGUGAAAAAUUGUCAUAGCAUAUUGUCAUUGUCUAAUAUUUAAUGUGGUAUAAUCUAGGUUGCUACAGUUCGGCAGCCCAAGGAAAACGACCAUUCAAAGUGAAACACUAUAUUUAUCGCUAUCUACAUUACAUGUGUGGAAUCAUGAUGUUGUAACUUAGGGGAAUACUUGAUUACAAACUAUUGUUGAGAAUUAGCAAACUUAGCAACAUUGUUUUGCAGCAAUAUAUAUGAUAUUCAUUUGUCGUUUUGUAUUUAUUUUCACUUGUAUUGUCAUUCAUACUGUAUAACUUAUACAUUUCUUUCAGUAUAAAGACACAUUGUGAUUUGUGGUGAAUUUAUUGGUAACUGAAACGUUGUGCCAAAGUUAAUUAAACUGGUUUUGCUGUUUGGUGUUCGCCCUGGUGCAGUAUAGGUGAUUUUCAGUUUUCUAUUUUGCUGCUAUUGUAGUGUACAUCAGGUAUGCAUAGAAUCCAUAUUUUCUUAAUUAGAGUAUAUUUAUAUUCUUUUAUAUAAAAAUAAACUAAAAGUAA